ACUGCCAAGGGCCAAGGAGGGAAAAGCUCAAAGCAUUUCAUUUGAGAAUUGAAGAACUGGGUGAUGGGGAUUGCUGUGCUGGGUUGAUCAGAGGUAGAAGUUAACAUCUUCAUGCCAGAUGAGAAAUGUUAAGCUAACUUCUUUCGAAAAAGAAGGAAGAAUACUGAUGCCCAAUCUGAUUGCAUACACCAGUUGUUUUACAUCUGGUACAUUGUUGUUCGGGCAAACAUCCCAUUUCAUUUUGGAUCUCACCUAUCCCUAGUGAGGGCAGUGCUGAAACUUUUCUUCCUUUGGGUUCUGCUUUGUCUCAAUAUUUAUUCAUUUGAACAAUCCUUGUCUGUGGUAUGAGAAUCCACUCGGCAUGGAUUGGUGGCAGAACGAGGCCUCUAGUGAUUCAUGUUAGGCAUAGAUAUUCAGGCUGCUUCCUCUCCAGAAUUUGCAAGGCAUGGAUGUUUCCUGGUCUUUCUAACUCUUUUUAAAGAAAAUUAAUGUGAAUUCUUGAAAACACAGUCUACUUCUUCAGCAGGGCAGUACUUAACAAUCCUACUGCUAUCACAGUCAACACAUUCUGCAUAAAAGCAUGAUUUAAUACUCUUUUUAAUUGCAGUUUCUUACGCUGCUUGCCUCGUAUCACUAAAUCCGUUGACAAGAGCGCAGCUGUUUUUCACACAUUAACAAGUUCACCCCUGUGAGGAAAGCCAGCUCUGUUGAGGUGUUGCACAGACAUAGUGAAUAAUUGUGAGCUGGGCUUCUGCAAACGAAUUGACGUUGCUUCUUGGAGCACCGCAGCCAGAUUUUCUCACUUUGACAUAAUCGCCCCAUGUAAUUCUUCUUUCCUACCUCUGCGUUACCUUUUGACAACCUCUGCAUGAAGCACUAGAUUUGCUUCUGACUGACUGAGGCCAAGUAAAUCACAAGUCACGCUGUCGCAUCUGGAAAUUCAUGAGUUUUCAGCUCUGUAAAAGUACUUCAGCUCUAUGAACUGACAAGCUGAACCAUAUAUGUGUUUUGGAAAGAAGAUCAAGGUUUGACAAAACCAGAUUUUCUCUUUAUUGGGUUUAUCUGACUUAAUAAUUUUAAAGUAGAAAAUAUCUUCUCUGAGUAUAAUGGAAACACUUAAAUGAACUGGUUACAUUUCCAGUAGAGUUUAAUAAUGUAUGUUACGUUUCACACUUCCAUAUAAGGCAUAUCAGCUUAAUUAGAAAAAUAAAACACAGUCUGACUUGUUUACUUCACUCACUGUAGGACUUCAGUGCUUUAAAAAGCCCAGAAAUGGUCCUUUGCUUUAAAAAUAUUGUUUUAUGUAAGCAAAGGAUUUAGCUGUAUACUUGGGUUUGGAUUCUCCUUGUUGCUGUUAUUCUUCAUGAAGCAGCCCAGCUCUCUUCCAGUCCUCAGCCUGUCAUUUCUUUUGUACGUCAAGUUUUCCACUGCCAGAAUGUAUCAUCCCUCACCUAGUCAGUUGUCCUGGGUUGUUCUGGGUUGGUUUUCAGUGGCUGCAAUUGUACAUCUUGCUGCCUGUGAGAUGAUUAAUACAGCCCUGGAAGUCAUACAUCCCUCUUAAUAGCAUGUAUAGCUAGUACUUUCUUUUGUUCUAGGGAAAGUUUUUAUCACACCUGUAUCUUUUAGUCAGAUGCUGGAGUGAAAACGUUUAUUGGGGCAAAUGUAGUAGUAAUAGACAUCCCAGCCAGGAGAUAGAUUAGGCAUGGUAGCAAUAUGGAAGCAAGGGCUCUGUGAGUGAAAGCUGUUUUCUGUGCAUAGUUUUGGAGGCAACUGUCUGAUGUACAUGUAUUGAGCAGACCAUCUCCCAUCUUUCAGGGGACAUAUAACAUGCUGCUUGGCUAGUUUUCACCUCCUUAUCCAGGAUAUUUCAUGCAAGUCCUGCAGGCAGUGUCUGUGUGACAAGACAACCACUUAAAAAUGAAAAAAUUCACACUGUUUGAUUUUGUAAAUGAUAAUUCACUGCAAAUUGGAGAGACUUCAUGGAUACAGGACCUUCCCAGUGAUGACAAUGAACUAGAAAGACUUCUGAAACCAAAUGAGCACGUGCUAGUAAACUGGCCUGUGGGAAAAAGAAAGACAGAAAAACACCUGGUGAAAGUUGUGUACAUGAGUGAUGACCCCCAAGAGCUGGUGGAAAUGAUGCAAAAGAUAUUGCGAGCAGAUGAAAUUACAAAAAUACAAGUCCUUGGAAAAGGCAAGAGGAAGAGGAUAGAAAUGGUAUUCUCAGAAAGUGAGGACAGUGACCUGGAUAAAGAACAGGGGAAGAUGAUGAAGCAUAUAAAAAGAAAUAAAUCAUUGCAGGCAUCUGCUCCUGCCAACAUCCUGAGUCAACUUGAAACAUCUUUAAUUAACAAACAGAGAGAACCAUAUUCAGGAAGCAACUUUCUGUACAGUGAAAGUAGCAGUGAUGAUGAAGAGCCUUUAUUUCAACUAUCCAAGGUAGAACUGUGUGCCAAAAUAAAAAGUCUCAAGAGGAAGCUGAAAGACACCAUGAGAGAAAACUGCCGCCUAAGGCAGUCCCUGGUGAUGCUUCAAGUGUUGCCGCAGGCAGUCACCCAUUUUGAGGAACUGGUAGGGAUGGCUGAAGCACUGCUCAAAGGGGGAGUGACAUCGUCUACGUCCAGUCUGCACUCACACGCUGUUUGGAAAGCAUCUAACAAUCCAAUAGCAGAUUCAUAUGCAGCUAUGCAUAGUAACUCCAGCUCACCAGUAACUUUGAAUGUGGAAGAUGAGGAGCAACAGACCGAAAAACAGUUCAAGAUCGAAAAGUGGCAGAUUGCACUUUGUAACAAGAGCAAACCUCAAAAGUUUAUAAAUGACUUGAUGCAAGCACUUUAUACACAUGAAUACAUGGCUACGCACAGCCUGACAGGUGCAAAGUCCUCCUCUUCAAAGGAUAAAGCGGCAAAACCAGCUAUGAAUCAGAAUGAAGUUCAGGAAAUCAUAGGAAUCACAAAACAAUUGUUUCCAAACACAGAUGAUGCUUUAAUUAGGCGAAUGAUGGGACAAAAACUGAACAAUUGCACCAAGAAGCCGAUUUUAAGCAAAGAUCUUAACUCAGGUGCUUUUCAGAAGCAUAGCUUUUGUGGUUCAACAGCUACUUCUCAGGGCAUCAUCUCUUCAGCUGUUCCUCUCAGUACACAAGACCAGCAGGAUGAUGAUUCACUAGCUGCUAAUGCACAAAUUCAGCAAAGUGACAGCUGUCUGACUCUCUCACCUCCCACCCCACAAGGUCAGCAGGAGUGCUACAAGCCCACUUCUUCUAAGGUGGAGUCUCAUCUCAUCAGCUCACCAGUGGCCUCUCCCAGCCAGGGUUGCGGACAGGAUCUCAGGAAUUCAGACAAGGAAUGACAGAAGGUAUUUCAUACCAGUUCAAAUUCUCAACGGAGAUUAGGGAGAAGUAUAAAAUAAAAAAGACAUAAUAUCUAAAUGGGCCUAGCAACAGUGGACAUAUAUACUGCAAGCAGAAUAGAAGCCUGAGAACCAUUUCCUCAAACAAAUGAAAAUCCCACAACCUAGAAAAAAAUAAAGGCAUAUUAGUAUCUUUGGCUUUAAGAUAUUAUUAAAUAUAUGCAUGUUAUGCAGUAAUUCAAAAAAUGUAAACUUUUUCUGAAGAAUAUAAGUAGAGUUCCCCUUAGUUAGAAAAAGUCAUUAUUUAAAGUAAUACCAAAAGAAUGUGUAAGAGGAACCUUAAGCCCCUUGAUUUCACCUUGACAGCUGAUGGAAAACUGCUUUACUAAUCAGACAGCUAUUGGAUAUUAAUACAAAAAAAAGAUAUAGAGGUAUGAAAAGAGAAUAGAAAAAUUUCUUAGUGAGAUGAGGACUAUGGCCAGCACAGGGUUAGCAAGCACAGGGUCACGUGAGCAGAAAAGAAGAAAUAAAAUAGAUAUUUAAGGAUGCUGUUACCUUGGAAAGAAGAAAACAUUCUUAGGGCAAUGAAACUGCAGCUCUCAAGAUGUCUGCAGGAAAGAAGCAGUUCAUUUUUAACCUCUGGAAGCUGGAAAGGCAAUGAAAGAAGCCAUGUUCUCUCUUAGCUCAGGAAAGAGUCCUCCAGGAUAGCCUGUUUGGUUUUGGAGGCCGUAGCUUCUUUCAUAGGCCUUCUGCUGCUGUUACUCUACUGGUUUGGCAGCUCUCACUCUCUCUUCUUCCCUGAACAUCAUGUCCAUAGGAUAAGGGUGCCUGAUCCCUCCAGUCAGGAAAUGGAGGACAGUCUCUUGGAAGUGAUUAGUAAAGGGUAGAGUUGCCAGCCUCUACUCCCUGUGUUUCGAUUUUAGUAUGCUACCUCUUGCUUAGAGAGAGGGUGGACAGGUGGACAUUCCUCACGGGAAUGGGACCAGAAAAAUCCCAGUAACUGGGCAGUUCCUCUUGAGAUGUGACACCACUUGUCCCAGGGAGCACCUGGCAGUCACACACCCUGUAACUGCCUGAGGAGGAGGGAAGGUACAUUUUUUUUCCUCACUGGCUGAUACCAGCUUUACAGGAUGCUGGUAGCAUGGGAAGGAGAGAACACUUGGAUUAUAGCUUUCAUGCUUGAGUGUCCUUCUUCCAGAACAGAGAGUACUAACAGUUAAAACUAUUUCAUACGUGGCAAACAAGCAACUAAGGAAUCAAGAUGAAAAAAAAACCAACAUAAAGUUGAAGAAAUCUAGCUUGAUUUGAGGAGGAUUUCUAUAACUCAGGAGAUCUGAGUUACAGAAAUAAAUUAGAAAUAGUGUUAGGGUGAAUGCCGGGCAAAAAAUCUGAAGAUAAGGUUAGCGGCCAAAUACCUCUAAAGGGAAGUGCUGCAAAUCUAACUGUUCUAGAACAAUGCACUAAUAAAAUGCACUGUGGAGAAGACUUUUGUGUGGGCUGGGAUAUUAAUUAAGUGAUCUGCUAGCCUUUUCCAUCUCUCAAGUCUAUCAGUUCCUUGUAGAUAAAAUCAGGAUGAAAGCAGGUGUGAAAUAUGAUACAAGUUCUAGCUCAUGUUCUUAACUACCAUCUGUAAAAUGUAACAGAAGGGUGUUUGCUAUUGUGUACAUUUUGUAUAUGUAAUUGUGUGUACAGCAUAUAAGAAUGUAUAUAAUUAAUCAUAUUUUUGAAGCAACUUUCUAUCAAAUAAAAUGAAACAUUACUA